CCAACCGGGUGCUGCUGGCCCUGUUCACCAUCGAGAUGCUGAUGAAGAUGUACGGGCUGGGCCUGCGCCAGUACUUCAUGUCCGUCUUCAACCGCUUCGACUGCUUCGUGGUGUGCAGCGGCCUCCUGGAGAUCCUGCUGGUGGAGUCGGGCGCCAUGACGCCGCUGGGCAUCUCCGUGCUGCGCUGCAUCCGCCUCCUGCGGAUCUUCAAGAUCACCAAAUACUGGACGUCCUUGAGCAACCUGGUGGCCUCCCUGCUCAACUCCAUCCGCUCCAUCGCCUCCCUGCUGCUGCUGCUCUUCCUCUUCAUCGUCAUCUUCGCCCUCCUGGGCAUGCAGCUGUUCGGGGGCAGGUACGAUUUUGAGGACAUGGAGGUGCGGCGCAGCAACUUCGACAACUUCCCCCAGGCCCUCAUCAGCGUCUUCCAGGUCCUGACGGGUGAAGACUGGACCUCCAUGAUGUACAACGGGAUCAUGGCGUACGGCGGGCCGUCCUACCCUGGCGUGCUCGUGUGCAUUUACUUCAUCAUCCUUUUCGUCUGCGGCAACUAUAUCCUGCUCAACGUCUUCCUGGCCAUUGCCGUGGACAACCUGGCCGAGGCGGAGAGCCUGACUUCCGCCCAGAAGGCCAAGGCCGAGGAGAGAAAGCGCAGGAAGAUGUCAAAGGGUCUCCCAGAUAAGUCAGAGGAGGAGAAGUCCAUGAUGGCCAAGAAGCUGGAGCAGAAACCCAAGGGUGAGGGCAUCCCCACCACGGCCAAGCUGAAAAUUGAUGAGUUUGAAUCUAACGUCAAUGAGGUGAAGGAUCCCUACCCCUCGGCUGACUUCCCAGGGGACGACGAGGAAGAUGAGCCUGAGAUCCCAGUGAGCCCCCGACCGCGCCCGCUGGCCGAGCUGCAGCUGAAAGAGAAGGCGGUGCCCAUUCCAGAGGCCAGCUCCUUCUUCAUCUUCAGCCCCACCAACAAGCUCCGCGUCCUGUGUCACCGCAUCGUCAACGCCACCUGGUUCACCAACUUCAUCCUGCUCUUCAUCCUGCUCAGCAGUGCCGCCCUGGCUGCCGAGGACCCCAUCCGGGCGGAGUCCAUGAGGAAUCAGAUCCUCAAGUACUUUGACAUUGGGUUCACCUCUGUCUUCACCGUGGAGAUCGUCCUCAAGAUGACGACCUACGGGGCCUUCCUGCACAAGGGCUCCUUCUGCCGCAGCUACUUCAACAUGCUGGACCUGCUGGUGGUGGCCGUGUCCCUCAUCUCCAUGGGACUUGAGUCCAGCGCCAUCUCCGUGGUGAAGAUUCUGAGGGUGCUGAGGGUGCUGCGACCCCUCCGAGCCAUCAACAGAGCCAAGGGGCUGAAGCACGUGGUGCAGUGCAUGUUCGUGGCCAUCAGCACCAUCGGGAACAUCGUGCUGGUCACCACCCUGCUGCAGUUCAUGUUCGCUUGCAUCGGCGUGCAGCUCUUCAAGGGGAAGUUCUACAGCUGCACCGACUUGUCCAAGAUGACGGAGGAGGAGUGCAGGGGCCACUACUACGUGUACAAGGAUGGGGACCCCACGCAGGUGGAGCUGCGUCGCCGCGAAUGGGUGCACAGCGAUUUCCACUUCGACAAUGUGCUCUCAGCCAUGAUGUCCCUCUUCACCGUCUCCACCUUUGAGGGAUGGCCUCAGCUGCUGUACAAGGCCAUAGACUCCCACAAGGAGGACGUGGGCCCCGUCUACAACAACCGAGUAGAGAUGGCCAUCUUCUUCGUCAUCUACAUCAUCCUCAUUGCCUUCUUCAUGAUGAACAUCUUUGUGGGCUUCGUCAUCGUCACCUUCCAGGAGCAGGGGGAGACCGAGUACAAGAACUGCGAGCUCAACAAGAACCAGCGCCAGUGUGUGCAGUACGCCCUGAAGGCCCGGCCGCUGAGGUGCUACAUCCCCAAAAACCCAUGCCAGUACCAGGUGUGGUACGUCGUCACCUCCUCCUACUUUGAAUACCUGAUGUUCGCGCUCAUCAUGCUCAACACCAUCUGCCUGGGCAUGCAGCACUACAACCAGUCAGAGGAGAUGAACCACAUCUCAGACAUCCUCAACGUGGCCUUCACCAUCAUCUUCACCCUGGAGAUGAUCCUCAAGCUCAUGGCCUUCAAGGCCAGGGGCUACUUUGGAGACCCCUGGAAUGUGUUUGACUUUCUGAUUGUCAUCGGCAGCAUCAUCGACGUCAUCCUCAGCGAGAUUGACACUUUCCUGGCCUCCAGCGGGGGACUGUAUUGCCUGGGUGGAGGCUGCGGGAACGUUGACCCGGACGAGAGCGCCCGCAUCUCCAGCGCCUUCUUCCGCCUGUUCCGAGUCUUGAGGCUGAUCAAGCUGCUGAGCCGGGCAGAGGGGGUGCGCACCCUGCUGUGGACGUUCAUCAAGUCCUUCCAGGCCCUGCCGUACGUGGCUCUGCUCAUCGUCAUGCUCUUCUUCAUCUACGCUGUCAUCGGCAUGCAGAUGUUCGGAAAGAUCGCCAUGGUGGACGGGACUCAGAUAAACCGGAACAACAACUUCCAGACCUUCCCUCAAGCCGUGCUGCUGCUCUUCAGGUGUGCGACAGGGGAGGCCUGGCAGGAGAUCCUGCUGGCCUGCAGCUAUGGCAAGCUGUGUGACCCGGAGUCGGACUACGCCCCGGGGGAGGAGUACACGUGCGGCACCAACUUCGCCUACUACUACUUCAUCAGCUUCUACAUGCUCUGCGCCUUCCUGGUCAUCAACCUCUUCGUGGCUGUCAUCAUGGACAACUUUGACUACCUCACUCGGGACUGGUCCAUCCUGGGCCCUCAUCACCUGGAUGAGUUCAAGGCCAUCUGGGCAGAGUAUGACCCGGAAGCAAAGGGGAGGAUCAAACACCUGGACGUGGUGACCCUGCUGAGAAGGAUCCAGCCCCCUCUGGGCUUUGGGAAGUUCUGCCCGCACCGGGUAGCAUGUAAGCGGCUGGUGGGCAUGAACAUGCCCCUGAACAGCGACGGCACAGUCACCUUCAACGCCACUCUCUUCGCCCUGGUCCGCACGGCCCUCAAGAUCAAGACAGAAGGUAACUUUGAGCAGGCCAACGAGGAGCUGAGGGCCAUCAUCAAGAAGAUCUGGAAGAGAACCAGCAUGAAGCUCCUGGACCAGGUCAUCCCCCCGAUUGGAGAUGAUGAGGUGACAGUGGGCAAGUUCUACGCCACGUUCCUCAUCCAGGAGCACUUCCGGAAGUUCAUGAAGCGCCAGGAGGAGUAUUACGGGUAUCGGCCCAAGAAGGACAUCAUACAGAUCCAGGCCGGACUGCGGACGAUCGAGGAGGAGGCAGCCCCCGAGAUCCACCGCACCAUCUCAGGAGACCUGACAGCCGAGGAGGAGCUGGAGCGAGCCAUGGUGGAGGCUGCGAUGGAGGAGGGAAUAUUCCGGAGGACCGGAGGCCUGUUUGGCCAGGUGGACAACUUCAUCGAAAGGACCAACUCCCUGCCCCCCGUCAUGGCCAGCCAGAGACCCCUCCAGUUUGCCGAGAUAGAGAUGGAAGAGCUGGAGUCACCUGUCUUCUUGGAGGACUUCCCUCAAGAUGCACGCGCUAACCCUCUGGCUCGUGCCAAUACCAACAAUGCCAACGCCAAUGUUGCCUGUGGCAACAGCAACCAUAGCAACGACCAGGUGUUUUCCAGUGUCCGUUAUGAGACGGAGUCCCCGGGAGAGACGGAGACGCCCGCCGCCGGAGGAGGAGCCCUCGGCCAAGGCCACAGGGGGCUGGGACCCCACAGCAAACCCUGUGUGGAAAAGUUGAAGGGACAGCUGACCCAGAGGGUAACGCCCGGAGGCCAGGCAUCUCCUGCCCACCACCAGGGCCCCAGGCCUGAGGAGAGAAGGAGUUCCACACCAGGGUCUCUGCAGGAGGAGACACCCCAUGGCAGGAGCACCAGGGAGGACACUUCCAGGUGCCCAGCCCCAGCUACGGCCCUGCUGAUCCAAGAGGCUCUGGUUCGAGGGGGCCUGGGCACCUUGGCUGCUGAUGCUGACUUCGUCAUGGCAACAGGCCACGCCCUGGCAGAUGCCUGCUGGAUGGAACCAGAAGAAGUGGAGGUUGCAGCAACAGAGCUACUGAAGGGCCGAGAGUCCCGAGAGGGCACGGCCAGUGCCCUGCGGUCCUCCCUGGACAGCCUCGACCAGCAUCAGGGCUCCCGGGAGACCCUCAUUGCCCCCAGGCUAUGAAGCCCACACAGCAUCGGUGUGGGCUUAGCGCUAGCAUGACCGGGGGGUGGGGGUGCUGGCGAGAAGGGCCAGUGCACCGCGGCAGCCUCCUCCCCCAGCAGCUAGAUGCACGGGCUGAGUAGAGGUGUCAGGACCCCCUCAAAAAACCAGGAGGAAGUAAAUGGACAGGCCCUUCCCUCACCAGCAAGAGGCACCAUUGGAGGAGCUGCUAAUGUCAUUCAGAAAGGCCUGGUUGGUGCCAGUGUCUGUCUGGCCUAGGGCCACUCCCACCAACGGGACAUUAAAGCCUCCAGGCCUGUGACACUGGCA